GGUCCAGCUGAAUAGGGUCACAUCGUGAAUAAGUAUUGGACGAAACUUCGUUAGAUGAUCGUCGAUGAAGCCACAAGACAAGAUUAAUUCUACCCAAUACUACUCGCGCUACCCUUAGGGUAGAAGCCUGAUGCUGUUAUGCUGCCCAAAACUUAUUGGCAAUGACGUCAAACACUCAGCCUCGUCAACGCGACGAGGGCCGUCUUCAUUACAAGCCCUGGCGCUUCCUCGAAAGCUUGUGGGCGUGCACACUAGUAUAUAUCCCUAGAAAAGUCACCGUCUCCUAUGUUAUAACUCCUGAUAUCGUUGACGACACGAAUUUUUGAAUUUGCGUGGAAUUCAAUAAGCCAGUCGCCAUCAUGGGGAUCCACAAAGACGCUCGAAACGGUACCCUCACCGGGGAUAGACUCUCCAGAUACCUCAAGGAAAACCCAAAUAUCCUCACCGAACAAGACCCUGACACAGGCCUCACGCCACUAGCAGAAGCGACAGUCGGAGGAUUUGCCGAAGAGGUUCAACUGCUCCUCGGUAACGGAGCUAGAGCAGACGGGCUGUGCAAGAAUGACGAGACACCACUCUUACUCGCCGCCUGGAAGACCGAGACCAAUCGCGCUCGAAUCAUCCAAUUACUCCUCCCAAGACUAACCAGCGAGUCGGUCGACAAGACAUGCCCCGCCGCCAGGAACUAUACGGCACUCAUGUUUGCCAUUGAAAAGGAGGAUCUCGAUUCUAUCAGGCUGCUUCGGAAUGCAGGGGCUAGCUUGACGGUGAAGAAUGAUGACGGCCUUACCGGGGAAGACAUGGCAACGGAUGCUGAGGCCAGGUCUGUUAUCAGGGCGUUCAAUCCGAGCGAAGAGCAGUCUGCCUACGCCAAAUUGGCUUUUAAUAUUAUUUCCAUCCUUCUAUUUAUCGUUGCGUGGGCGAACAAGGCCUUGGAUGGAGUCGUUCAGAAGAUAUACAAGCUGAACCCGGAUUUGCGCUAUGAGACGGAGAUAAAUAAAGCCGUGAAUGGCUCCGAGACGCCGAGUAAGGCUAAGUUCGUGGAAAAUAUUGGCAAAUUUACCAAAGAGAACCGAACACUGGAGCGUUUCUUCAAGGGAAAGGAGGGCUAUAUAAAAGAGCUGGCACAGAAGGUCGUGGAUUUGGAGAAGGACCCGAGCACAGAUCUCGGCAGCAAGGAUCUUCUUCCCAAGACAAUUAAGGUCUCCUUGCACCAGCAAGUUAUCUACUGCGAUGACAGCUCAUCCAUGAAACGCGAAGGCCGUUGGGAUUCUCUAAAGAAGCUCGUCGAAAGAAUUUCCCGGAUCACCACGCGAGUCCUCCCCGAGGGCGAAGGUGUGGCAUUACGCUUCAUCAACCAAGAUGUGGAUAACUCCUCAAACCUAACAGUCGACGGUAUCCUCGGGAUCAUUGGACCGAUGUCAUGGAAGCCAAACGGUGACACGGCGGUUGGCACGUUCCUACGGUCCAAGAUUCUCGAGCCGUUGGUUUAUAGCAAGUUAGAAUCGAAUAGCCUAGAGAGGCCGCUUCUUGUGUCUGUUAUUACUGAUGGUAUGCCGUCAGAUGAAGGCGAGACUGAGUUCGUGGAUACCAUCGCGGACUGUGGAGACAGACUAGAGAAGGCUGGAUAUCCUCGUGAUAGUGUCAAGUUCAUGGUGGGCCAAAUCGGAACGGGAAAGCAGGCUGCUAAAUUCCUAGACGCAAUUAGGAACAAGGCAGAUAUAUCUAGUGUGGUAUACUGCACUACAGAUCAGCUAGAUGCGAAAUUCGCGGAGUUCCGUGAAAAUGAAAGGAGCUUAGAUCGAUGGGUAAGUGUUACUUUUAAUCCUAUUAGUUAUGUUGCUGCCUACCUUUUACUUAUACAUACCUAUUAGUUGAUCGAGACCUUAUUUGCGCCAAUCAAAGAUCGUGGGGAUUAGAAAGGAUGAUAGGUGUUCAAUUAUGAUGAGCGACGCAACCACGGUUGGGUGGUAUCUCUUGUUACCUGUGGCAUCUAUGAUAUUAUACCUUAGUGAGAGGGACACAUCAGAUUGAAAAGGAUUGACAACAUACCUUUUACUAUGGUGAGCCUAGGGGAAUAUGGUGUUCGGAGAUCGGAGUAUGUCAACAAUCCUUAAAUUAUUAAUUUCAUGAUACAAUUGCAG